AUGGAUAAACACAGUGUGUUAGGGUCAGAGUGCCAGGGGACCCGGGCUCUUCGCCCACCUCCCCCGCGUCCCCCCGCAGGUGCGAAGACCCCCUUGUGGAAGAAGGAAGUAGAGGAGCCGCGGGCCUGGGAGGUCGCGGCCGAGGCCGCGGAGGAGGGGUCGGUGGAGGAGGAGGAAGACGAGGAGAGGCCGCCGGAGGAGCUCGCGGCGGAGAGCGAGGCGGAGGGCCGGCUGGCGGGGGGCGGCGAGAGCCGCGAGCGUGGCUCCGUGUCGUACAGCCCGCUGCGCCAGGAGUCCAGCACCCAACAGGUGGCGCUGCUGCGCCGCGCCGACAGCGGCUUCUGGGCCUGGUUCAGCCCCUUUGCGCUGCUCGGUAGCCUGGCCGCCCCAGCCGACAGGAAGCGGAGCCCCCCGGAGGAGCGUUGCGUGUUGGAGACCCGGCGGCGGCGGCCGCGCCUCGGGGGCUGCGCGCGCUGUGAGAUCCUUUUCUGCAAGAAGUGCAGGAAUCUGCACAGCCUGCGGGCCUACGUGCCGCACUGCAUUCUGGAGCACCCCGACCUAGGUGAGGAGCGGGCUUUGGGAGGCGCGGGGGCCGCCCGGGACCCCUGAGCGCUCCCCACUCCGGUCCUGUGCGGCCCUCCAUCCUUACCUGGACCCAGACUCCCCACAACCCUCUCCUCUCCCUCUACGCCGAGCGCUCUCCAGCGCAUUCCACGGACGUGCCCCUUCUCAGAGGCCCCCCCCCGAGCACCCCGCACCCUCUCUGAGCCGACCACGAACCCACUGAUGAAGGCCGCAGCCCCACCUGUCAUCUAGCGCCCACUCAACGGAGCGCCCGACCUCACCUGGAGCUCCAUUCCUCCAACCGCGCCUCGCGAGGGCCCCGCCCCCGGGCAGCAUGCAGUGCCCACCCCCCACCUGAUUCGCCUCCCCUGGCCUAGCCUCACCCUCAUCUCUUGGGUGUUUCAGGUCCUUCUGGCUCGGUGGGCAGAGACAUGGCCUUGAGAAAAUAAUCUCUGGGAAACUUGCUCCUUCUCUCCAGUCAUUCAAUACAGCCCCUAAUCAAAGUG